AUGGGAAAUGGUCCGCUGGAGGCCCGCAGCCGCCCUCAUCCGCGCCUCUCGCCUCGCAAACCUUCCUGCAGCCUCUCAGCAACCUGGGGUCGCCCGCCUCCUAAAUGCCCACGUCCGGCCCAGCCCGGUGCCCUCUGCCCCAGUUGGGUCCAGGGUUUCCGGGGCACCCCCGCCCCGCUCUCGCCACCGGGACCCUCCCCAGGGUCGCAGGUAGUUUGGCCGGCGGCCCAAUCCCCAGCGGCCCGGGCGCCUACCGCAGCCCCGCCCCGCCGCACUCACUCGCCCUCGCCGCCGCCCUGGCGCUUGCCCCUGCCCGCUGGAGAAGUUGGCAGGUUCAAACCCGGAGCCCUCAACUCCCCGGCCGGCCCACACCAUCGCGCCGCCGCCCGCGGGGGGGAUCACGCGCCGCCCGCCACUUCAGGCGUCCCCGCCCCGCGCCGCGCCCGCCCCCGGCCAGUCCCCGGGCUCGCUGCGCGUCUCGAACCCGCCCGGACCCGGGGAGGAAGCCGGACCGCAGGGGGCGGCGCGGGGCGGGGCUCGGCGACGCGGGGGUCCACCCCCCCCCGGCCCGGCCAGUGGAAGGCGCCGGCAGCCGAGGCUCCCAGUGGCCCGGGCUGUGGGCUGUGCCGGAGCCUCCUCCCUUUGGCCCGCAGCAGGUUUGUGGCGGGAGGAGGGGACUUCUGA